CGGCUCGUCCAGCACGGUCAUGUCCUCUACCGCACUCAACGAACCUAUCGCAGAUAGGGAGUCAAUCCACAAGUCGUGCAGGUCGCUCGAAGCCGUCGUCAACGUGCUCAAUGACUACUGUGAGGCCGCAAAUGCGAUCCUAACUCUGCAGCGGAAGCUCGUCAAGGCCUUGCGAGAUGCGGCGGCGGCGAAGUGUGUGCCUGAGAUACCAGCGAACGCGCUGAACGUGAGCGCGACCAUCUUCGACACGCUCUGCGAAGUGGACGCAAAGUUCGUCAAGCUCGCCGACAAGGAGUGCGACGCGGUCAGUGCGGAGGUCAAGAAAUGGUUCAAGAAGCUCGCUAAAGAAGAGCGUGCGUACGACGAUCGCCUCGCCAACGCCAACGCCAAGCUCAAGCAAGCCGGGCAACUGUACGAGAAGAAGGCCAAGAAGAACCCGCAGGACGCGGCCGACGAGCAUGCGCGUUACAUGAACAUCCUGACCACUCUGGGCCCCGAGAUCAACCAGGAGAAGUACAACCACUCACUCAUGGUGACGCGUAGGCAUCACUCGACGAUACACAGCUUGGCCGCCAGUCUCUCUCGCGUGGCGGACGCAGAAUGGCUUCGCUCCUGCGAGGGCGUGAGACGCUCUGCUCCUACCAUCGGACAGCUCGGCGAAUGGCGCGUCUACUGCGAGGGUGGAUGGUCAGGCCCGCUGCCUGCAGACCUACCGAACGGCGAGGCUCCUGAUCGUCCCGACCGCUCGGUCACGCCAAUUGCUCAAGGACGUGCGGCGACGCCGAACAUGGAGAAGUCGCCACAAGGUCCCAGUACCCCGAUGUUGGAGAAGCCUGCGCCCGAGUAUUCAUCGCGUCGUCCGAGCGAGCAGGAGACAGAUGCAUCUUCACGAGCCGUCACGCCGUCCCACGACUCGUCACCCGCUCCGCCGCAGUAUCACCCUGCGAAGACGAUAGCUGAUGACUCUGUCAGGUCCCUGGCAUCUCUGUCGUCCUUCCCCUCACCGCCUACACAUUUCCCUAUGCCACCUCUUGCGAAGGCCGAGGCUAGCUCUCCGGUGAAGGAGACGAGGCCCGAGUCCCCUCGCGGACCACGUACACCAUCUGAAAUUCUCUUCCAGCGCAGGACAGAGUCACCUAUCCCGCUCGCGCCAUCCGAGACAUCACGCCCCCUACCAUCCCCCGCCGCUCAACGCGCCGAACCUGCUGCCAUUGCCACAUCGGUUCCUGUUGAGACUAAUGGCAAGGCCGUCGACGGGGACGCUACGCAGCAGGGAUCAGAUUCGCAGCACUCGAUUGCGCCGGAGAGUCGAGAUUUGCACGAUCGGCGUGAGGCAAAGACCCCGUCCCCAGUGCUUACGCGCGCUUCGAGCAAGAAGAUCAAGUUUGAGAGUGCAGCAGCUUCAUCAGGUCCGACUAGUUCGAUCGGUGGAUCUUCGCAAGGCGGCGACCAUGUUGACGACGGUGAAUUCGGCGCCCUCAGACCUAGGGAAGAAAAGCGGCCGCGACAAGGUGGACCCGUCGACGCGCAGACCUCGCAGCCGAUCGAGCGGAGCGACACUGGCAUGAGCAACGGCAGCGUAGUGGCUGCCCUGCGUGAUCGAUAUUCACGGAUACCCGAACAACCUACGUCGCCUCGUAAGGAGGUGCCAAGGUCACCGACGAGCGUAUCUAAGAUCGCGAACAAAUACGAGCCCAUCGACGUUGCCCCGACUUCUCCGCGGCUCCCACCUACCUCGCCCGCUGCAGACCGCCGUCGUCUGUCGAUGGAUAUCUCGCGGAAUAGCACACAGCCAUUCCCGACAGAUCGUCGGACCGCCGGUGUGACUUCGACGAGUUACGCCACCAACACGAUGGCCUCAAUACCCAUGCACGACGACAUCGCCAUCCGCCGGCAGCGCAUAGCGGAACUGGAAGAGCUGGAGCUGCGUGAGCAAGAACUAGAGCUGCGCCGCAAAGAGCGCGAGAUCGGGCAAAGGGCGAAGGCACUCGAGGAGGAGCGCGCGCGAAUCUUCAACGCGCGCAGCCCGGACAGCGGGUACGGGAGCGACGCUGCGCGGAGCGGGAUGACGGACCGGCUGUCGAUGAGCCAGCAGUCGGACGCAUACUCAACAUCGUCUGCGCGGCCGCGGUAUACGCCGCACUCGUACAGCAGCGCAGCGCUGGAGCCACCGCGGGCUACGCGCCCGUCUUCCGGUCCACAACCCUCGAGCCAGUCUGGGUCGCCCCUGUACCAACCCGCGUCGGACCAUGCGCCGUAUUGUGGAUGCGAAACGUGUUCUGCGUCCAAAUACGCAUCUCAGGAUACGUCGCCGUCGCCGAUCCACGUACGUCCUGUGCAGGCGCCGCUCCAGCUGCGUCCCGAGAAACCCAAGGGGUGGAUCCGCCGCCUGAGCAUGCCCGUCAUGGGCAAUGCGUUCUCUCUCGACUCAAAGAAGGGUAUCAGCAGCGCCGGUAUCGCCGGCGGCCCUGGUAUGCGCAGUAGUCUUGCGCUACCUGAAGAAGACGGUAUGAUUAGAAGAGACGUCACAGGCGGCGUGCGCAACCGCAGUGCAACCAAUCUCGCGCGGCGAUGACGCUGACACUAUCCGUGUUCAUCCUCAUUGUGUUGCAUAUCUGUCAUGACUGAUACCCGUGUUAUCAUAUGCCCAACUUACGACCCCUAAGGACCUGGGCCUACGCCCGUGGCCUCAACGCAUGUCCUUUCCGACCUCUACGAGUAGCGACGAUGACUUAUUGUAGUAUCUUAUCCAUUGCCGAAUGCCUUCGUCCCGUACUUAAUGAGUAGCUCGGCUGUGCUCCAUUGUUGUUUUUAGUUUCUAGGAAAUCAACGAGAUGUACAACCCGGUGUAUGCGAUAUCGAACGCUGCUUGCGUUCAGUGUUCGAUAUAUCAGGCCG